UUGGCGGAGGAGCAGGGGUGUGAAGGGGAGCUGGCGACAUGGGGGAGGGAGGUGGCAGCAGGGGUACAGGAGAGGGUCAUAGUGGAACCCAGUGCUGAGGCUGGAGCUCAAGGGACCCUUGACCUUUCACCAUCACCCUCGCCCCCCUCCCUGGCCAACGGGGUUCACCUGCACAGGAGGCCUGGCCUUGGAACACGCCGACGCUGGCAGACAGAGACACACACCGAUGCUUUAACACACACACCAGGACAGACAGGAGUCACAGGCAUGCAGAUUUACACGGAUCUCCAAAUGCACACACCUGCGGACACUCACACACACCUAGCCGCUAACACACACAUGGAUGCUCACACACACUCGGACUCUGCCGGUCCAGAGCAGCCCAGAACUGUUUCAUCACCAGAGACUCACACCAGAUCACCUCAGCGACAGGUCCUCUUGCCUGUCACUCAUUCAGCCUGCACCAAUCAGCAAGUUGCUUCCUCUCCCUGCAGCCCGCUUCCUCCACCCUCUGCAAACAGAGACAGGCCCCCGGCCAUUAGCCCUGCCCAUAUUGGACCAACACCUCUAGAUCUCUCUAAACCCUCAAGAGCUAUUGGCCCAAAUCCUACAGGUCCUUCUCUUAUUGGUCCAUCCGGUUCAAACCCUUCUACUAUUGGCCCAGACCCUAUAGAUCCCUCCCCUGUAUCUGUCGAAGGAGAGAGGAAGUAUGCGCUCCGUAGCUCCGGUCGACCUCGCUUCCCCUGCCAGCUACGCAAGUCAUCCCGCAUCCGCCGAUCCACCGAGGAUGGAGAGAGGAGGGGAGGGCGGGAGAGCGAGAGGGAGGAGGAGAUGGCAGAGGAGGAAGAAGAGGAGGAGAAAGAGAGGGUGAGUGUACAUGUAAAGGUAGAGCGCCCCACAGUGGAGGAGGGUUUACCUGCAACCUCGAAGCCUGCUGACUCAGCUAUACCUGUAGCACCACACCCUUCAACACGCCCUACACCACGCCCUACACCACACCCCACCUCUCACUACGCCCCCCGGCCAGCGCCCAAACCCAGAACUUCAACCAAACCCCAACCUAGACCUUCAACCAAUGCCAAACCAAAAGCCCAACCCAGACCAUCGAUGAAAGCCUCGCCCAAAUCCUCGCCCAGACCAGCGAACAAUCCCAGACCAGCGAACAAUCUUUCGCCCUGUCCAUCGAUCAAUACCGUGCCCCAGCCGACAGUGAAGAAGGAGGUGCCUGAUGAUCUAGUUCCUCCCACUAAACAGAAACGGCGGUUCGUUGGUGUGAGACGUAUCGUGGUGAAGGUGGCUCGUAUCCCGGUGAACCUCAGCCGACGCCAAAAGAGCUACAAGAUUUCCUCCAUGGAGACCGUUGUCGGACCGGAGAAGGGCGGGGCCAGUGGAGAGGGGGGGUUGGAGGGAGCAGAGGGGGUGACAUCGGUGGUCCGAGAGCCAACUGCGCUCCUUCGCAUGAAGAACAAUGGGAAGAAUGUGAUGGUCAUGUUCCCGCCUGGAGAACUCCCAGUGAUCCUGAAACGCAGACGUGGCCGACCUCCCAAACAGGUUGUACCGGGAAUGCCGGAUAAAACAGGUGGGAAUUUCGCCGUUGCCAGUGGGAACGGCGAGCCCAAGAAACCUCGUCGGCGCCGACGGGCCAAGCUCCCAUCUCCGCAACCGUCGUACGUGAACGACACCAACGACGUCAAGACAGAGUACGGAGACGUUCUGUCCAAACUGGCGUUCCUAAACCACCAAACGCCUGCCACCGGCCGCUGCUCCCCACCACGCUGCUGGACACCCAGCGAACCGGAUAGCUUUCACACGCCGUCCAACAACCCUGGGAUCUCCACCCUGCUCCACCGACUCACAGGGUUCAGACGCAGGGGAGGGAGGGGUGGUGGCGUAGGGGGCAGGGGAGGAGGAGCAGGAGGGGCUGGGUGUGAGAGCUUCAAGAGCUCCUUCAGUGACUUCUUCGAGACGAUCGGGAAGAAAAGGAAAGUGACCCCUGCUCUGUCAGAACCAGGGUUACCCAAGAAACGAGGGAAGGGUGGAGGGGGCAGGGGAGGAGGGUUGCAGGGGGAGAUGGGAGCUGGAGGUGAGGGGUGGAAGCCGAUGAGAAAACGACGCUCGUGCAAGAAUGGGGUUCUGAAAGGGGAGGCAGGAGGUCAGCUGGAGCAAGACUGGUCUAAUGGUGAAGGUGUCUGGGAGGAUGACCGGGGAGGGGAGAGGGAGAGAGGGCCGGGGGCGUACCAGGCCUGUGGUUCCCUGAGGGGGGACUUCCUGCCCUGUGAGGGGGGAAGAGCAUACGGCAGCCCUGGGGGCAGCAGAGAAGGUGGAGGAGGUGAUGAAGUGCAGGGUUUGUUCGCCGGAUAUUUUCGCUCCCUGCUCGACUCAGACGACUCCUCCGACCUCCUGGAUAUCUCCUCCUCUCGGCCUGACCCCAGGAAACCUCUUCCCACCCCGGGCUACGACUCCUCCAGCACUGCCCCCGGCCCAGGUUCUCGCUGGUCCCCAGCCUUCCCCAAGCGCAGCCCCAAAGGAGAGGCAAGGGAGAACCAAACCCAGGUCUCUUCAUCCUCCUCUUCCAGACCUCCUUACAGCUACUACCUUUCCCAGAACUCCCCCACCACUUCCUCCUUUCCCAAGUCCACCCCUCCCUCCCUCUCUCUGCCUCGCUCUCCCAGUUCCCCCCAUCCCUCCUCCUACGGUCACUACCCGUCCGGCUAUUCCUCCUCCUCUCCUGCGGGGGGCAGUGCAGCACCACAGAGACCCACAGACUGCAGCUUUGCAGCCUACGGGGCAGCAGGGCUGGAUAAAGCCUCCACAGUCCCCCCCGUGGGCCAGGGUCAGAUGGGCUAUUCCAAUUUUUCCAAGCGUGGAUAUGGGGGCUACCCUGGGCAGGUUGGACCAUCCUCUCCAGGGGGAGGGGGGUAUAUGGCCAUGGCCAAGAACAACCCCUUCCAUUCCUCAUCAUCUCCAGAGGGUUACAGACACUACCCCUCCAACCAGUGGAACUGCAAGCAGGGCUCCAGUGGCUGGAUGUGGGACAGUCUGGCUCAUCAUUACCCAGGAGGCUACAGUGACUACGUCACCCCGGGCCCCAGCGAGCCCAAAGACAUCCUGGACAUCUCUAACUACACCCCACAAAAGGCCAAGCGACAACCCUUCCUCGAGAGCCUAUCAGAGUCCUCCUCUGACUCAUCCCACCUGGGGGUCACCGGGUCAGGAGGCGGGGUCAGUACCGGAGGUGGGGGCGGAGGCUCGGGUUCAGGUUCCGGAGGUGGGGCUUACAGGCAGGGUGGAGGCAGGGAGUCUCUUCCUAUUGGUGGAGAGGGAGGUCAAGGCCAGUCCAGCCUAUCAAGUCUGGAGAAGUUAAUGAUGGACUGGCAUGAGAGCGCCUCAGGCCCCUCUUACAACUGGAGCCAGAACGUUCUCUUCCAGGGGCAGGGAAAGCCCGGGCGGGGGCGCAGGAAACGGAAUGCUGCCGAACCCCAAAUGGAAAAGGAGGGGGGUGGUGGACCGGAGCCCCCCCCAGACUCUCCCACCAGCCCCCCAGCCCAGACACAGUCCCACACCUCAACCCAGGGCUCUGGUGCCAAACGCAGUGGGAUUGGGGGGCGGCAGGGCAGGGGGGCGAGGGGAGGCAGGGGAAGGCUGUGCCCGUCCCCAAGAGAACGCCCCCCAGGGUGGAAGAAGGGGAAGGCUGCUGGGGGUGGGGAUGGAGGAGGAGGGGGUACUGCUCAGGGGGGGUUGUUCCAGGAAGGCCUUGACUACUUCAGUGGAGACAGCAGCAGCCUCUCCCCCCUUCCUACCCCUGCCCUACACCUUGGUUACCCCCCUGAGCCCUGUGAGUACCCCUCCCCAACUCCUUACUCCGCCCACCCCUCCACCCCGUCCUCAGAGGAGCGUUACCCAACCCUCUUCCCUGGCGAGGCCUCAUCCUCCUCUCUGUCCCCUGGAAUGACUUCCACAUCCUCCUCCUAUCCUCCCAAACUAUCCCCCCCCCCAGCCCUACCUCCCCCUCUCACCCCUGCUCCUCCCCCUCCUCCUUCUCCCCGUCCUGCUCCCAAUCGCCACGGUUACUGGCCCACUGUGGAACAGCGCUGAGCCCCCCCUAUCGUAACCCGGCAACCAUCUCCAAGGACCAUUUCACCUCCCAGUAUGAUUCUCCCAGCUGCUGUAGCUCCCCUUGUUGGUACAGCGGGGCAUCGCUCAGUGGCAGCACCAGCCCUCACACUAACACACACAACGCUACACACACACACACUAACACACACAACGCUACACACACACACACUAACACACACGACAACGCACACGUACGCGCUAAUGUGAACCCUCACGCUAGCCCUAACAAUCAUCCUGAUCCUAACGCUUCUGCACACCCACACACCAACACACACCCACACACCAACACACCGACACACACCAACACACACCCAAACCCCGACCCUCACGCAAACAUGAGCCCACACACACACUCCAACCCCAACACCAACCCUCACACGCACAACAACCCCCAUAGCAACAAACACCCGCACACCAACACACACCACCUUCAUUCAAACCACAACCAACAUCUUCACCCCCACACUCACACUCAUCCUAACAUGUAUACAAAGCCCACCCUACACACUAGCCCCCACCCCCACCCCAACCCUAACCUCUCCCCCCACUCCCACCUCAACCCUAACCUCUCCCCUCUCCCUCACCCCCAC